GUAUGUACUUUGACCCCAGGGUAGGCAUUACCAAGAAUGCUUCACCAGCUAGAUUGAGCUAGAAUGCAAUGGCAGAUGAUGGUACAGGUAAAGAGGACGGGUACAAAGAUCUCCACGAACGGUGGGUGAGAGGACUGCCUUUAGCAGAGCUUGACACACAAGUUGGUAGCUGUAAGAGAGGACGAUGGAGUCCUGAUGAGCUAGCACUCCUCAGAAGCAACGUGGACCACUUCAUCCAGGAGAACGACGUUCGUGAUUUGGAUGAGUUCAUAUUCUCUAGGAAACGAGGAGAAAGAAGUGAUUUCUACCGAGAUAUUGCUAAAGGAAUACAACGUCCAAUCUUCACCAUAUACACAAAAGUCAUUCAUUUGUUUAACGUGCGGAACUACGUCGGUAGAUGGAGUAGUAGUCAAGAAAAAGAGCUUAUGAGACUACAAGGUCUCCAUGGCAACAGAUGGUCCAUUAUUGGGAGAGAAUUAGGUGUGAGUGGGCGUGCUGCUCAGGACAAGUACAGGAAUCUCAAGCACAGAGAACGUGUUGGAAAGUGGAGUGUUUGUGAGGAAGAGAGGUUGAGUGGGGCUGUGAGAUCACUUGGAACUGAGUCUUGGCAGAACAUAGCUGAGUGCGUACGUACAAGAAAUGGUUUCCAAUGUCGUCAGAAGUGGGUGCACUUGCAAGCAUGGCGGGAGAGUGGUGGGGAGAAGACAUGGAGCGAAUGUGAUGAUGUUCAACUGCUGCAUAGCCUUGCUGGUGCGUGUGUGGAGACAGAGGAUGCAGUCAAGUGGGCGUGUCUAUGUGAGGGCUGGGAGGCAGCACGAUCUGCCAGCUAUCUACGCACUAAAUGGACUGCUUUAAGGAGAGGUGUUCCACGCUACCAACACAAUACGUUCUCUGAUAACCUGGAAUAUCUGUUGGAACACAGACUACCUGCACUGGAGAGAUUGGUCCAUCAAAACUUCUCUCAUUCAGUUAACUAGACAGGUGGACUGAACGCUAUAUGCUUACAUUCUUUUGUUAGCAUGCAGGCAAUCAUGUAUAUGGCUCUCCUUUCAUAAUCUGUUGCUUAAUUGGCUUGUAAUGAAAAUAUAAAAAAUUGUUAUGACCUGUUAAUCUUUGA